CAACUCUCUCACACUUGUAUCCCAGUGCUCCAACUCCGCCGUCCCAUCCCACCGCCCUCCUCUCGAUCACCGUGGAGACCACCACCAUGUCGCAGAUGAACCCGCGGUCGCAAGAGAACCGGUGUGCACGGCAGAUCCGUCCUUGAGCGUCCUGCCUUCCCACCGCUCUCCCUCCCUGCCUGAGGAAUAAGGAGGAGACCCCGAGGGGAUAUAUGUGUUUAAAGGGUCCUAAAUGAAUGGCCCGCAGCCCGCAACAAGGAUGUCCUCACUUCUCUCGGCCGACCAGGAUCAGACGCGCAGCACGACCCUGUUGGACUCAACAACUGUACCCCACGCGACUAGCAGGAGCCAGAGGCAAGAGAGACUCCAAAGGCUGGACUCAUUGGGGGUCCCCAGGCCGGACUCUGUGGGGGUCCCCAGGCCGGACUCGCUGGGGCCUGCCGUCUCCAGGGUCAGACCGGGGGCCUCGCCGGACCCGUACCUCUCCCCCCGGGAGGGCCGGCCAUCGGCCCGCAGGAGGGCCGAGGGGGACCUGGCGGGCCAGGAUUUCAGGAAGUUGUACGAGGGGGCGGUGGCGGCCAACGGGAGGCUGCGGAGCCGGCUGGACACGAGCAGGGAGGAGCUGGCGUUGGUCCAGAGCCAGCUGGGGAGGGUCACGGGACAACAGCAGAGAAGGAGAGCGACCGAUCGAGCCGCCAACAUGUUGGAGAUGGAGAAGAAGGAAAAUCAAAGUUUAGAAAAGAAAAUAUCCGACAUGGAGGAGGAAUUAAAGGCCAAGACGGACCUCAGCACCGAGAACCAGAGACUGAAAGACGAGAACGGGGCCCUCAUCCGGGUCAUCAGCAAACUGUCCAAAUAACAGACAGCCAUCGCUCUACCGACUCUACAUCAACACCAUGCAUUCAGCGCUGGGGUCCAUUCUGAAAGUGUGUGUGUGUGUGUGUGUGUGUGUGUGUGUGUGUGUGUGUGUGUGUGUGUGUGUGUGUGUGUGUGUGUGUGUGUGUGUGUGUGUGUGUGUGUCUGAUAGGCCGGAAGCACAAAGUAGCAGUAUUUCAUAUUGAGUCGUUGUUUAUGUUCACGUUCAUGUGUGUGUGUUGUUGGCCUAAGGGACGUGAGAGGGUCUUUAUUUAACAGUUCACUUCAAACGAGUCAAACGCAUCACGUAUUCACUCCCCACCCAAAGAAUAUCCACUGGCAUCUAACCUUGGAGGCCUUCGAUUGAGGGAUGUUCUACAGGAAUAUUACCCUCAGAGUUUAUAUAUUGUUGUUAAUAAAAUGUUUAAACAAA